GAAUGCAGCUCGGCAUGAAGAUGAGGCGGAGCUUCACGUUAGGUAAUGUGAUUUGAGUAAAUCACUGCUGCUGUUGGCACUCUCUUGAGUGACACACGAUCAGCCCGCGGAGAUGAGUUCCUCAGAGGCAGGGAUGUUUUCCAUUCAGAACUGUUAUACUUGUGCUGAUGCUGAGACCAGAAGACAUCAUGUGUAAAAGUGUUCUUGAGCUGUCGGAAGCGUGAGCUGAUGUGAUAUGAGUCUGUUGCUCCACUUUGCGGGAGGCAGAUCGUCUCUGCUGCUUUCGCUCUUGAUGUGCUUUUUGACUCUGCCAAUCUCAACCAAGACCAGCAGGCGCCAAGGGCCCCACGGACCCACACACAACAGCACAGAUGACAUCAUACUGGCUGUAAUACUCCCUCAGUAUAACACUUCCUACCCCUGGGCAUGGCCUCGCGUGGGACCCGCUUUGGACCGCGCCAUCGCCCGCGUCAAUGCCGACCCCACCCUGCUGCCCCGGCAUCACCUCCGGCACAUCUUUGCCAACAGUGAGGACAGAGACGGUAUCUGUUCCGAAUCCAUCGCCCCACUCAUGGCUGUGGAUCUGAAGUUUGAACACAACCCUUGGGCUUUCAUAGGGCCCGGCUGUGACUAUACUUCCUCUCCAGUUGGGUUGUUCACCACUCACUGGGGUCUCCCCAUGGUCACAGCAGGGGCACCUGCUGUAGCAUUCCUGCACAUGGCAAUGUACACGUCUAUUACUAACACUGGCCCCACGCACAAAAAAUUGGGCGAGUAAGCCCUACACCUAUAUAGGCAUUUUGGGUGGCACCAACACACCCUGCUGAUGUUCAGUGACACUAAAAUGGGCGAGAGGGCGUGCUACUUCGCACUGGAGGGGCUGUACACUGAGAUACAGGAGAACAACAUAACCAACGUGGACCUGGUGUUUGAGGAGAAUACAGGGCCUGUGAACUAUUCCGACCUCCUGCACAAGAUCCAGGAAGAUGGCAGAGUGGUGUUUGUAUGCUGUUCUCCAGAUAUUUUCCGUCAGCUAAUGGUAAACUUCCACAGGGCAGGUCUGCCUAAGGAGGAGUUUGUCUUCUUUUACAUUGACAUCUUCGGACGCAGUUUGGACUCCCAACCAUCUCAUCCAUGGUCCAGAGGUGAUGAUGAUGAUGAAGAGGCAAAAGAGGCUUUCCAGAGUGUGAAAAUUCUGACCUACCUGGAGCCCCAGAAUCAAGAGUACCAGGAAUUUGUUGCUGAUCUGAAAUCAGAUGCCAAAAGGAUGUUUAACUUCACAGUGGGGGAUUCGCUGAUGAACAUCAUCGCAGGUGGUUUCUACGACGGUCUGAUGUUGUACUGCCACGCUUUAAAUGAGAGUCUUUCAGAAGGACACGGCCGACCCUCAGGAGAGUCUGUCACAAAAAGAAUGUGGAACCGAACCUAUCAUGGUGUCACUGGUCUGGUGCAAAUUGAUGAGAAUGGAGACAGAGAGACUGAUUUUGCCCUGUGGGACAUGACUGACACCAAGAGCGGCAACUUCCAGAUUGUAGCUGUGUAUAAUGGUUCUCAGAAACAGAUGGAGAUUCUGCCUGAGAAAACCGUCCAGUGGCCCGGUGGUGAGAUUCCACUGGACGUACCCCUCUGCGGGUUUAAGAAGGACAAUCCAGCUUGUCUAACACGAACCAUCGCAAUGCACCAGAUGAUUUCCAUUGUGAUCUUCUUCAUCCUUGUCAUCAUCUUCACUGUGACCGUGUUUAUAUACAGAAAGUUGAAACUAGAGAAGGAGCUGGUGGCUCAGUUAUGGAGAAUCGCUUGGGAGGACGUUCAUAUGAGCAAUCUGGAGAAAGCCAUGAGGAGCACUGGCAGCAAACUAACACUUUCUCUGAGAGGUUCAAACUACGGAUCCCUGCUGACAGCUGAUGGUAAUUUGCAGGUGUUUGCUAAGACUGGCUACUUUAAGGGAAACAUUGUGGCUAUUAAAUACAUCAACAGAAAGCGCAUCGAGUUGACCAGGAAAGUGUUGUUUGAACUGAAACAUAUGAGAGAUGUGCAGAAUGAGCAUCUGACCCGUUUUAUUGGUGCCUGCAUUGACCCGCCCAAUAUCUGUAUUGUCACUGAAUAUUGUCCUCGUGGCAGCCUGCAGGACAUUUUGGAGAACGAAAGCAUCACACUAGAGUGGAUGUUCAAAUAUUCACUUCUUAGUGACAUAGUGAAGGGUAUGGCUUUCCUCCAUAACAGUGUGAUUGUAUCCCAUGGCAGCCUGAAGUCAUCAAACUGUGUGGUGGACAAUCGCUUUGUGCUAAAGAUCACAGACUACGGACUGUCCAGCAUCAGGACCGAGUCGGACACGGAGGACGCCCACUCUUAUUAUGCACGUAAGCUAUGGAUGGCUCCAGAGUUGCUAAGGAUGGAGUGCUUUCCUCCAGGAGGCACGCAGAAGGGUGACGUCUACAGUUUCGGGAUCAUCCUUCAGGAGGUGGCACUGCGCAGAGGAGUCUUUUAUCUGGAGGGAGACUCAAUCAGCCCCAAAGAGAUUGUGGACCGCGUAGCUCUGGGUGAAUGGCCGUACCUACGACCGUCGGUGAACACACAGUCUCACAGCGAGGAGCUGGGCCUGCUGAUGCAGCGCUGUUGGGCCGAAGAACCAUCAGACAGACCAGAGUUCAAUCAUGUUAGUCUGUUAUUACGCAAACAAAACAGAGAGCACAGAAGUAACAUCUUGGACAAUCUUUUGUCUCGUAUGGAGCAAUAUGCUAAUAACUUGGAGGAGCUGGUAGAGGAAAGAACUCAAGCAUACCUGGAGGAGAAACGCAAGGCGGAAGCUUUACUGUACCAGAUCCUCCCUCAUUCAGUGGCAGAGCAGUUAAAGAGGGGCGAGACGGUGCAGGCAGAAGCUUUUGACUCUGUCACCAUCUACUUCAGUGACAUUGUGGGUUUCACGGCUCUGUCAGCAGAGAGCACACCUAUGCAGGUCGUCACACUCCUCAAUGAUCUCUACACCUGCUUUGAUGCCAUUAUAGACAACUUUGACGUUUACAAGGUGGAGACAAUAGGUGAUGCCUACAUGGUGGUUUCAGGAUUGCCGGUACGAAAUGGGAAACUGCACGGUCGCGAGAUCGCACACAUGUCUCUUGCUCUGCUGGAGGCUGUCAAAACAUUUAAGAUCCGUCACCGACCCGAUGAGCAGCUCAAAUUACGAAUUGGCAUCCACAGUGGCCCUGUUUGUGCAGGUGUAGUUGGACUGAAGAUGCCUCGCUACUGUCUGUUUGGAGAUACAGUGAACACAUCAUCACGUAUGGAAUCUAAUGGAGAACCUCUGAAGAUCCACAUGUCGUCGGCCACUCGAGAUGUGCUGGAGGAGUUCAACUGCUUCCAGCUGGAGCUGAGAGGAGAUGUUGAGAUGAAGGGAAAGGGAAAGAUGAGGACCUACUGGCUUCUGGGAGAGAUCAAGAAGAGCGAUUGACAUUGUAAAAAUGAGAGAGAAACACUCCACUGGAUCAGCAGAGACCUAAUGACUCUUGCCGAGCUUUCUGGACAGUUCCUUUGCCCAAAUACACAAUUACAUAACUGUGUACAGCACUGUUGUAGAUGUCAAAGUCUGAAUUUUGUAUAUACAGUGCUGUGAAAAAGUAUUUGCCUAUUUUUGUAUUUUUGCAUAUUUGUCAUGCUUAAAUGAUUCAGAUCAUCAAACAAAUUUUAAUAUUACUCAAAGAAAACCAGAGUAAAUACAAAAUGCAGUUUUUAAAUGAUGGUUUUAUUUAUUAAGGGAAAAAACAAUCCAAACAUUUCUGACCCUAUGAGAAAACGUAAUUGCCCCCCUUGGUAAAUCAUGACUUAACUGUAAUGAAUUUAAUAACUGGGGUAAAUUUCACUAGCCAUGCUCAAGCUUAAUUACUGCCAGACCUGUUGAAUCAAGAAAUCACUUAAGUAGAACCUGUCUGACAAACUGAAGAUAGUCUAAAAGAUCUCAAAUAGCAACACAUCAUGCCGCGAUCUAAAGAAAUUCAAGAACAGAUGAGAAACAAAGUAAUUGAAAUGUAUCAGUCUAGAAAGGGUUACAAAGCCAUUUCUAAGGCUUUGGGACUCCAGCGAACCACAGUGAGAGCCAUUAUCUACAAAUGGAGAAAGCAUGGAACAGUGGUAAACCGUCCCAGGAGUGGCCGGCCUACCAAAAUUACUCCAAGAGCACAACGACGACUCGUCCAGGAGGUCAUAAAAGAUCCCAGAACUACAUAUAAAGAACUGCAGGCCUCUCUUGCUUCAGUUAAGGUCAGUGUUCAUGAAUCUACAAUAAGAAUGAGACUGUGCACAAAUGGCAUCCAUGGGAGAGUUCCAAGGCGAAAACCACUGCUGACCACAAAGAACACAAAGGCUCGUCUCACAUUUGCUAAAAGACAUCUUGAUGAUCCCCAAAACUUUUGGGCAAAUAUUCUGUGGACUGAUGAGACAAAGGUUGAACUUUUUGGAAGGUGUGUGUCCCGUUACAUCUGGCGUAAAACUGACAGAAUUUCAUAAAAAGAACAUCAUACCAACAGUCAAACAUGGUGGAGGUAGUGUGAUGGUCUGGCGCUGCUUUGCAGCUUCAGGACCUGGACGACUGGCCAUAAUUGAUGGAACCAUGAAUUCUGCUCUCUACCAGAAAAUCCUAAAAGAGAAUGUCCAGCCAUCGGUUUGUGACCUCAGCUUAAACGCACUUGGGUUAUGCAGCAGGACAAUGAUCCAAAACACACCAGCAAGUCCACCUCUGAAUGGCUAAAAAAAAACAAAUAAAGGUUUUGGAGUGGCCUAGUCAAAAUCCUUACUUAAAUCCAAUAGAAAUGCUGUGGCAUGACCUUAAAAAGGCUGUUCAUGCUCGAAGACCCUCCAAUGUGGCUG